AUCACGCCUUUGGAAACAGAAUCACUCCGAACCGCAAUCUAAUCCCAACCUGUGAGAGGCAGCUAUGUGCCGCAAGGCUUCGAGUCUGCCGGUAAACCAGCAGAAGAAGAAGAGGAAGUGGCUGUAACAGCUAGCGUUUUGCUCUGAACGACAGCUAAUUUACACAACUUACACCGGAGUGAAUGAGAGACAGCAUCUUUAAGGACUGCCAAAUGGAUUCUCCUCGGCAAUCUAAGAAGGCUGGUCUGAAUCGAGAGCCGAAGCGCAGCCAGAGUCAGUCAGGCACUCCUCCUCAGAAAGAUGCCUAUGCCAGACUUCUCAGCCAGCACCGCAGCAGUAAGUUUAGUUUGUAUCUAGAACAAUAUGCAAAGGACUUUUCAUUUCAGAGGGAAGGAAAUGGGCCAAGCACACUGCUCAAAGCCCAGAGUGAAAGGCUGAACAUACCACAGCGAAAAAGGGACCAAGUGCCUCAUGAUUUCUCUGAUUCAAGUGACUUUUCCCCUUCUUCCUUAAAAAGUAAAGGAGAGGACAGUUCACUUUCUUUGUACAUGGAGAAACUAAGCAGUCGCAAUGCACAGCAGGACUGUGAAAGGAAGCAAGGUGUGUCUGACAGGCAGCGACGGGGACAGAGAAGGGACACCACCACCAGCCACGAUGGAGACAUUGAGUCUGGCGAAGAGCUCAGCUCUUUAACACCUAAUGACUCGAACAAACACCAGAGGCAGCAGAAGAAAAACAAGGACUCAAACAGAGAUGUUGCCUCAAAAGAGACCAGUUCAUUUGUUGGAUGUCCUCAGUCUCCAAAGAAAGCCAGUACAAGUGGACAGGAACAAGAGAAGAUGAAGAGGUCAAAGAAAAAGAAUGUGCCAAAGCACCCAGAAGAGGAGAAAAGCAGAGAAGAGGCUGGGGUUGAUACUCAGAUGUCAUGGCCCAAUUCUCUUCAUGGUAAAGACAAAAAACUGCAGCAGCCCCGAGGUUUAACUACCAGUUCUCUUGCUGACAAAAAUAAGAACAAAGGAGGCAGGGGGGCAAGGAAACAAGUAUUUGAAUCCUACAUGACAUCUGAGGAGGUUUCCCACAGCCUUAAAAGAGGAGAGCUAAUUCAGGGACAGUUAAGAAUCAACCCUAAGAAGUACCAUGAGGCUUUCAUCCCAUCUCCUGAUGACACACGAGAUAUAUAUCUGGAUGGGAUUGUAGCUCGCAACAGAGCGCUGAAUGGAGACAUUGUGGUGGUGCAAGUCCUACCUCAGGAGCAGUGGAAGGUUGUGAGGUCAGAUACUGACUGUGAGGGUGCCAGUGAGUCAGAGACCCAGAGAGAACACAUGACGCAAACAGUGCAGAAGAAGACAGAGCACACCCCCAGGCCUGAUGUUAUUGUGGAGGACCAGUGUAGUGACCAGGAUGAACUCUACAGCAAAUUCCAGAAUACCACCCUCACUGACACAGGGGGACUUCUGGAAGACACCUCAACCCCACGAUCCAAUGCGGGAAUACUGCAAAAGACUGCUAAAGUGGUGUACAUUGUUGAGAAGAAACACUCAAGAGCUGCGACGGGCUUCCUGAAGCUCCUACCAGACAAGCCCUUCGCCAUGUUCUCCCCCGUGGACCACCGUGUGCCACGGAUUAACGUGCCCCUGGCUGACUGUCCCGAAGACUUCAGUUCCCGGCCAGGCGACUACACCAACACCUUGUUCAUCUGCCGCAUCACCAACUGGGCAGCUGACAGCAACUUUGCAGAGGGGCGACUUGCUAAGACCCUGGGUCAGGCUGGAGAAAUCGAGCCAGAGACAGAGGGCAUCCUGACAGAGUAUGAUGUCGAUUUUUCUGAGUUCACAGAUCAGGUAUUAGACUGCCUCCCCAAGAACCUUCCCUGGAUCAUCCCACCUGAGGAGAUGAGGAAGAGGAGAGACCUGAGGAAGGAGUGUAUCUUCACAAUCGACCCUGCAACCGCCAGAGAUCUGGACGAUGCCCUUUCCUGUAAACAACUCCCAGAUGGGAACUUUGAGGUGGGAGUCCACAUUGCCGAUGUGAGUUAUUUUGUGGAGGAGGACAACGCUCUGGAUGCCAUUGCCAGCCAAAGAGCAACUAGUGUGUACCUUGUUCAAAAGGUGAUCCCCAUGUUGCCUAGACUGCUCUGUGAGGAGCUGUGUAGUCUUAACCCUCUCACCGACAGACUCACUUUCUCUGUCAUUUGGAAAAUCACACCCGAGGGGAAGAUUCUGAGUGAGUGGUUUGGCCGCUCAGUGAUCUGCUCCUGCGUGAAGCUGAGUUAUGACCAUGCUCAGAGCAUGAUUGAGGCCCCUGAGAAGAUGUUCUCAGCUGAGGAACUGCCACCCGUGGAUCCUGUGCACCCCAUUGAUGAGAUCCACCAGUCUGUGCUCAACCUGCACUCUAUUGCCAAGAACCUCCGAGCCCAACGCUUCUCAGGCGGAUCCCUCAGACUAGACCAGUUGAAACUGUCUUUCACCCUGGACAAAGAGACCAUGAUGCCUCAAGGCUGCUAUGUUUACCAGUACAGAGACAGCAACAAGUUGGUGGAGGAGUUCAUGCUGCUGGCUAACAUUGCCACCGCCCACCACAUCUACCGCAAAUUCCCUGAGCUGGCCCUGCUGAGACGCCACCCUCCACCAAAAGCCAAGAUGGUAGAUGAGCUGCAGGAGCUGUGUGACCAGUUGGGCAUCGACAUUGACCUGACCUCUGCAGGAGCCUUGAAUAAGAGUCUCAAUGCCACUAUUGGCGAUGAUGAGUACUCCAGUGCCAGAAAAGAAGUCCUCACCCACAUGUGCUCCAGACCCAUGCAGAUGGCUUUGUACUUCUGCACAGGUGUACUGAAGGAGGAGCAGCUUUUUAAACACUACGCCCUCAACGUUCCUCUCUACACACACUUCACAUCACCCAUCAGACGCUACGCAGACAUCAUUGUGCACCGGCUGCUGGCUUCUUCCCUGAAGUGUGGACCUCACUUAGGGCUUUCAACAGAAGAAGUCCAAAAACAGGCAUCACAUUGUAAUGACAAGAAGACGGUGUCAAAGAGAGUCCAGGAGCUCAGCUCUGAGCUCUUCUUUGGAGUGUUUGUAAAGGAGUCUGGCCCCCUGGACUCUGAGGCCAUGGUGAUGGGAGUGUUGGAUCAGUCCUUUGAUGUGCUGGUUCUCCGCUAUGGAGUGCAGAAACGCAUCUACUGCAAGUCUGUUGCGGGCCUAGACUCAUUUCACCAUCAUAAGCUGGGGAAGAAAUCUGAGCUGACUCUGGUCUGGACACCAGAGGACUCAGAGAAACCUCCAGUUGAGCAGGUUAUUUCAGUCUUCGCCUUGGUGGAGGUGCAGCUCAAAGCCGACAGUGCACCAAUGAAAUACAGCGCAGUACUCAAGAGGCCUGACGACAUUGGAUCAUAAACACUAAAAUGUACCCUGGAGCACACAAACACUUAUAUGGAAGUUUGGAAUUGCACAUUUCCUUUUGUUAAUUAAUACAUCUGACAUAUAGUGUUGAGGCAGUAUUAUUGUGGUAAGCAAGGAAGUCACUGAUCAGAUCAAAGUCAGAUUUCAUAUGGAACUACCACUGAGUUCUUGUCUCAACUUGAAUGUUUAGGUUUUAAACAAAAAUGUGGUCAAAACUGACAUAUCCAUUUAAGCCUAAAAUAAUUAGCUAAUGGGAAGACUUUACUGUUUUUAUGUAACUCAGUAUGGAUUUCAAAUUGAGUUUGGGUUCAGGUCUGACCGUGAAAGAACCGAGGCAGCAAUGAGUUUUAUUUUGCUGUUGAUUUAUUGAUCUGAUGAGGUCAGUUUUGAUGUGAUAUAAUUAACACCGUCUAAUGUGUGAAAACUGAUUUUUAAUUAUUUUUAAGUAUUUUCAGUUUAAUACGAACAACUGGUUUCCUGGUUGUAGAUAGAGGAGAGACCCAUAUUUGUGUUUGCAAACAACAGAGUAUACCACACUAUUGAAUUUUACUUAUUGGGUUGUGUUUGGCUGUGGUGGUUGUAAUAUAACUUGGGGUGGUCACAGAGGAGCUACAUGGGUACAUUCAGUAGAUUUGUAAGAGCAGAGGAAAAAGUUUGACUAAAUCAGAUUCACAAAACAGGUAUAGUAACAUUUGCAUAGGAACAAAAUAAUACCUGCCAUGAGUCAUCCAUGACUUCUUUAAUUGCCAGAGUGUGUACUUACAGUGUCUUAUACAGGAAGAGUCUUCUUUUGGAUUUUUCUGGGGUGUCAGUCAUGUGAACGGUCACUUCAUGUCUUUCAUGUCACAGUCAUAAAGUACAGCUCCCAGGAGAUUUAAUUUGAAUUAAAUUCUUAAAAUGAGGGUUUCGUGGAUCUAAUAUAUUGUUCAAGUCUAAGCUGAGCUAACUGAGGUGUUCAAGUAAGGCCAAAGCUAAAUUAUUUAUCAACUCAUUGUUUUUAAUACAAAACAUAGGAAUGAGUUGAAUGUGAAUUGCUGCUGAAAAUCGGUGGUGGCCUUAAGAUCUUAAUUAAUUCUAUGUUGCCUCUUUAAUUCUAUGUUGGCUUUAGAGUGCUUCCAGCUGUUGUUUGUUUUUGUUUUGUUUUUUUUAGAUGCUCAAACACAAUUUGUGCAGCACAAGUACUUUAUGGACCUCAUUAAUAUCAACUGUGAAUUUCAGCCUUACUAUAAUCAAGUCUAAAGGACUAAAUUUCAGCAUGGCUGUACAUUUUAAAAUGGAUUCUGGCCUCACCUUUGCUUUAACUGAGGAACUAUGCCUCUUCAGUUGUCACUCAUUCUGUUUCUGAUUGAACAGUGCCAUGUAGUCAUACAGAUUAGCUGCUACUUCUGUACAAUUAAUUGUUUAAUUUUUGGAUAUCAAAUUCAUUUUGUUGGACAGACUGUUUUUAGGCUUGUAUCAGAGUUUUUUGAAAGACUGCCAACUAAUGCUUUUAAUUUUUUUUUUUUUUUUUUUUUUUUUUUUUUUGACUGGACUGAAAAUAUGCAACAUUAGCUUUAAAUGUAUUUUUAAACCAGCAAGUGGUUAGUAGUUAAAAAAAAUAUAUAGUUGUAAAUGUGUUUUUGUGAUUAGGGUUGUAAAAGAAAUUACUUGCAUUUGAAAGCCUUGGAAUAUAGUUAAAUCAAAAGAAGAUUAAAGAACAACUUCUGUGUAUCUUUUGGAAAGUAUACCAUCACCUGUAACUUUCAUUCUGGUCAAUAUUCAAAGUGAAUUUGUUCUCUGUAAACCACUAUACGGAGCAAUAGACAGUUGUCUUUGUCUCUAGGUAAAUAAAUACAAAUGUGAAGUCCACUGGGAAAUUAAUGACUCAGAUUGUGGAUUUGUUGGGGUUUGUUUUGUUUUUUCUUUGGGCAUGAAACCUGACUUGACUUUAUAGAUACAGAUAAUCUCUCUUAUUUAUUACCAAGAAAUGUCUGUAAUUGG